GAAGAUGCGGUACCCCUCGCAGAACAAGAGAUUAGAUCUGCACUUUAUCAGGCUGUGUCAAUUAAUGUACCAGAGCUGAGGAAUGUAGAUUUAAUUAGAAGACAAACUAAUCUUAAAGAAAUGAACAUAGAUGAAAUAAAGUCUUUUAUGAUGCAGUUAGAAGCAGAGACUAAAAACGAGAAUAGAGAAAAAUUAGAGAAACCCGAAGUCAGGGUACAGAGGGCUGCUGCAGAAGAGAACAUGAAACAAGUGAAAUGCUACAGAUGCAACCGAAUGGGUCAUAUGGCAAAGGACUGUCCACUAAUAGAAUUUGGUGCCUGGUUUUGUUACUACUGCCAGGAAGUACGAGGUCACAAGGGUGAUAAUUGUCCGAGUGCCGAAGCCCAGGCGAACAGAGCUAGAGGAAAAAGAUAAAGAGGAAACUUAGAGAGGAUCCGUGGAUCGCUCGCCCAAAGGGAGGGAGUGUUGGGAGAAGACUUUGAACGAGCAAUA